AUGGCAGCCCCCGCCCUCAUGGUCCUGGUGCUUGUGCUGCCUGCAGGGGCCUGGCCUAGCCUGGGCCUGUCCAGGAGGCCCUGUGUGCACUGCUGCCGUCCACCAUGGCCCCCUGCUGCCGCCCCUGGCCCACACAUCCCUUUGAGUGAACAGGCCCCGUGGGUGGGGCUGCCCCGUGUGCGGCCCACCAUUGACAUCUCUAUCCUCAAAGGAGAGAAGGGUGAGGCAGGGGCCAGAGGUCAUGCAGGAAGGAGCGGGAAGGAGGGUCCCCAGGGCUCCUGCGGCCUGCAGGGCCACAAAGGCCAGAAGGGGCAGAUGGGGUUUCCGGGUGCCCCGUGCCAGCAUGCCCACGUGGCCUUCUCUGUGGGUCGGCGUGAGGGACUGCACAGUGUGGAGGACUUCCAAGCRGUGCCCUUUGAUAUGGAGCUGGUCAACCUGGACGGCACCUUCGACCUGGCCACGGGCCGCUUCCGCUGCAAGGUGCCGGGCAUCUACUUCCUGAGCCUGCACGUGCACACCUGGAACUUCAAGGAGGCCUACCUGCACAUCAUGCUGGACCAGCGGCCCAUGGCCGUGCUGUAUGCACAACCCAGCGAGCGCAGCCUCAUGCAGGCCCAGAGCCUACUGCUGCCACUGGAGGCCAGCAGCACCGUCUGGGUGCGCAUGUUCCACCGUGACCAGGACAACRCCAUCCACGGAGAGCCCGGGGACCUCUAUAUCACCUUCAGUGGCCACCUGGUCAAGCCGGCUAGUGAGCUCUAG